CAUGACCCGCAUUUCAGCUUGCAUGUAGUUGGUAUUAAAAUGUUUCCAGGACCACCUUCUGUCCACUGCGUACAUAGUGGCAAUAUUGCGAGAAAAUACACGUCCCUCGGCUCUUUUGUAACUAGCGUUAUAUUUUUGACAUCGGGGCUCGGUCACGUUCCCGUAGAACUUAGCAUUUAGUGGCCGUAGCUAGCUGUACCUUGCAGCUGUUAUUAUUGCUCCGAUCCAAAAGUGACAGAGGCAGAGAACGAAAGUGCGAGGGGGACUGCGAAUUAGCUGGGUUAGCUAGCUAACUAGGAGGGCUGAAGCCAAGUAAGGCCUGUGACCGAGAGGAUCGUGUUCCCUUCCGACAGAAACACGGCGAAAUCAUGGCCAACAUCGCGGUUCAAAGGAUAAAACGGGAAUUUAAAGAGGUUCUCAAAAGCGAGGAGACGAGUAAAAACCAGAUCAAAGUGGACCUGGUGGAUGAGAACUUCACAGAGCUGAAGGGGGAGAUUGCAGGGCCACCUGAUACACCGUAUGAAGGUGGUAGAUAUCAACUAGAAAUAAAAAUUCCAGAAACAUAUCCCUUCAACCCACCAAAGGUACGAUUUAUCACGAAGAUCUGGCAUCCCAACAUCAGCUCAGUCACAGGUGCAAUAUGUCUGGACAUCCUCAAAGACCAGUGGGCAGCAGCUAUGACGCUGAGGACAGUGCUGCUGUCACUACAGGCCUUACUGGCAGCUGCAGAACCAGACGACCCACAGGACGCUGUGGUGGCCAAUCAAUAUAAGCAGAACCCAGAGAUGUUCAAACAGACGGCCAGACUCUGGUCUCACGUGUACGCCGGCGCCCCCUCCUCCAGCCCAGAGUACACCCGCAAAAUAGACAAACUCUGUGCCAUGGGCUUCGACAAAAAUGCAGUAAUAGUGGCGUUGUCGUCGAAAUCCUGGGACGUGGAAACUGCGACAGAGCUACUGCUCAGUAACUGAGUCUCAACGGCCCCCUGGUCCUAAACCACCCAUCACACCACCUCACCCGGCCCCGUCUGACUCCUCUAUACACACCCUCUCCUUCAGUCUCCCUCCAUCUGAAGCCCUCCUCUGACCCCUCACCUCCACACCUGUUGGAUACCCCCUCUCAACCUCUUGGCACUUCUCCCCUUAGUCAUAAUCACCAUCAUCUCUGCUCUGUACCACGCUCCAGCUUUCCUGCCAUCUUCACAUUGGCACUAUACCCUUCCAUUUCACAUACCUCAAUCAAAUGACUUGAACCAAAUUCCCUUCCUCUGUGCGCAUGCUGGACCCCGUUCACACUCUGGCUUUGUCCAAACACUCUUCACUGGCAUCCUAUUUAACUAUACAAUCCUUUUACAUCAGCUAUGACCUUGAAGAAAGUGAGGAAGCACUGUUAGAUUGUUUGAACAGAGCCAUUUUCUUAAUCUCCUCCAUCUCCACCCUUUUGGCACUUGCUAGGAAACAUUACAGAUUUCUCCUUGCAGUAGCCACAUCCGUAUCAUGCCCAUCUUGUCACCUGUCUUAAGAGUUUUAACUUCCCAGACUCCCCUCCCCAGGAAAAUCCAUCAGCAGGUAGCCCCACCCCCCCUCAUGAUUCAUAAUCAUCACUCUUUCCUCCUCCCACUUUUCUUUUAUUUGGUUCUGGCCUCCUACAUGAAGACAUUUGGAUUCCCAUUUUUAAAAAGAAAGAAAACAAAAAGCGGAAAACGCUCACCUCAUUGUUCACCGAUAACACUACUCAAGCAAAUUGAGACUGGAAGUUAAAAAAAAUGUAAAGGUUUGAAAAAUAUGGCAUCCACUGAAUUAUGCCAACAGAGGGAAAAAAACUGUCAAGAAUUCAUCUGUAAAUAAAGCUAUUAAAGUCUGUGUAAAUUAA